CCAAAUGGGUUUUUAAGCGAUUAACCGCAUAAUUAACUCGCAGUAGUUUCUUCGUCUCUCUCUCUAUCCGCCGGUCACCUUGCAUCGUUUGCGGCAUCGUCCUGUCCUUCUCUCUCCACCCUGCUUCCUUCACAAAAGAGAGAGAGGGAGGUAGAUAAAGGACAGCCUCUUUCCCUUCUUUCCUCACCAAAAGGAGAGCGAGACUAGAGAGAGAGAAAGAGGGGGAUCACAAUUCACAGCAGCUGCACAAAAGCGUUCGUUGGCAAGGCUGCCUGCCUCGUCGGAGCUUUGGAUUCCCAAGAAUUCCAUUCGAAAGCUGCAUCUUGGGGCUCCGCGCCCGCCUGCGCACGCCUGCUCCUCUUCCUUCCCCCUUCCCUCCGUCAUCCUGCUCCCGCCGCUCCAGCGAAAGCGAGGCAACGCGACCAAAUCUUGGGGAUUUUCGCUUUGCUCGAGCCCGUGCCGGUGGAUUCGCUCGAGUAGGGGGUCGCCUGCCCUUUUUCCGUACUCCGGGUUGGGUUGGAUUUGGUUGCGAGGUGUGGUUGGGGUGGGAGGAGAGAGAGCUCGGGGCAGGGGGAGUGGUUAGUUGUUCUUGGCUUCUUGCUCCGACGCCAAGCCGCCCGGUUGGCUCCUGCCAUUAAAGGCCGCGCCUUUGGGUUUCUCUCCCUAUCUCUCUCUCUCUCUCUCUCGCUGCAGAUUGGUGCGGCGCCUGCCUACCCGGUGGUUGGGGUUGGGUUUCCUGCUCCCGGAGCUCGAAAGGCGCCGCCUUUCCGGCGCUCCACCGCGGAAUUCUUGAGUUCUUGGGUUCCAAAUCUCGCCGCCGGCGCCGUUGUCCCCGCCGCCGCAGGUGUCGGGGGUUGAUUCGUGGUGUUUCUUGGCUAUUGGGGUUGAUUCGGGCGCCUGGAUGGGAGAGAUUUGAGUGGUUUGGAGGGGGAGAGAUAGAGGGUGCUGAUUUACCGUGGUAUGUGCCAUGAGGAAGCUCUUCUUCUCCGAGUCGACCUGCAAGGAGACCAAGCUCCACUCCGCGCCCCACUCAUGGCUGCCCCUCGAGAGAGGGAAGCUCUCCAAGUUCUCCGGUCAUGCUGGCGGCUCCUCCAUAGAGUCUCUGAUGAAGAUGCCAGAACCGGCUGUUCUUCCGCACUUCAAGCCCGUGGACUAUGUUGAUAUACUGGCUCAGAUACAUGAGGAGCUGGAGUCUUGCUCUCCGGAUGAGAAGUCCUGCCUGUACCUGCUCCAAUUUCAGGUCUUCGGUGGCCUCGGGGAGGCCAAGCUGUCACGGAGGAGCCUCCAGUCCGCGUGGGAGAAGGCGAGCACGAUACAUGAGAAGGUGAUCUUUGGGGCGUGGCUGAAGUACGAGAAGAAAGGGGAGGAGGCGAUAUCCGACCUUCUCAGCUCGUGCGGCAAGUGUUCUCAGGAGUUCAGGCUACUGGAUUUCGUGUCGCAGGUCUCCACAGAAUCACAUGAAAUGAGCUAUGAUGAUGGGUCUGAUGAAUUCCGGGGCUCUGCAGUGGUUCAUUUCCAGAUAAGAGAUGAUAUGAUUGCAUGUGAUCGGCGGAAGCUUGCAGCUUUGUCAACUCCACUGUAUGCGAUGCUUAAUGGCGGAUUUAGGGAAUCAUAUCUUGAGGUCAUUGACAUGUCUCGAAAUGGCAUCUCCCCUAUUUGCAUGAGGGCGAUCAGUAAAUUCAGCCUGUCAGGAAGACUACCAUAUUUGUCAGCAGAUGCUAUUUUGGAAAUGCUUGAUUUUGCCAAUAAGUUUUGCUGCAAGGGCCUCAAGGACGCCUGUGAGCGAAAGCUUGCUUCUUUUGUCUGUUCAAGGCAAGAUGCUAUAGACUUCAUGGAAUGUGCUCUUGAGCUGGACUGUUCCAUCCUUGCUGCUUCAUGCUUACAAGUGCUCUUGAAUGAACUUCCAGAAUGCUUGAAUGAUGAACAAGUGGUUAGGAUAUUCUCCUGUGCAAAUAAGCAGCAGAGAUUGACAAUGGUUGGCAAUGCAUCUUUCUCCCUAUAUUGCCUUCUUAGUGAAGUCUCCAUGAGCAUCAACACGACAUCGGAUGUCACUGUAAGUUUCUUGGAAAAGUUGGUGGAGUCAGCAUCAGAUUCUAGACAGAAGCAGUUGGCCUUACAUCAGCUUGCAUGCACGAGAUUGCUAAGGAAAGAUUAUGCUGAAGCUGAGCACCUGUUCAAUGCUGCCUUUUCUGCUGGUCAUCUCUAUUCGGUAGUUGGUUUGGCUAGAUUGGCCUCUCUGAGGGGUAAUAAGCAUUUUGCUCUCAAGUUGCUAGACUCCGUGAUGUCAUCUCGGUGGCCUCUUGGAUGGAUGUAUCAAGAGAGAGCAUUAUAUUUGGAUGGUGAUAGCAAGUUAGAAAAUCUUAAGAAGGCUACUGAGUUGGACCCUACUCUUACAUAUCCGUAUAUGUUUCGAGCUGCAUCUUUGAUGAAAAGGCAAAGUGUAGAAGCUGCACUGAUGGAGAUCAACAGGAUCCUGGGAUUCAAGGUGGUGUUGGAAUGUUUAGAACUAAGGUUCUGUUGCUACCUUGCUCUUGAGGAUUAUAGAGCUGCCUUAUGUGAUGUGCAGGCAAUCCUCACGCUUGAUCCAGAUUAUCGUAUGAUUGGUGGCCGGGUGUCUGCCAAGCAGCUGCGUAUGCUUGUGCUGGAGAAUGUAGAGCAGUGGACAACUGCUGACUGUUGGAUGCAGCUUUAUGAUCGGUGGUCAUCUGUGGAUGAUAUAGGAUCCCUCUCUGUCAUAUAUCAAAUGCUGGAGUCAGAUGCUGCUAAAGGGGUUUUGUACUUUAGGCAAUCUUUGCUGCUUCUCAGAUUAAAUUGUCCUGAGGCUGCGAUGCGCAGCUUGCAGCUCGCUCGUGAGCAUGCGGCAAGUGAUCAUGAACGACUUGUUUAUGAAGGAUGGAUAUUGUAUGAUACUGGUCACUGCGAGGAAGGAUUGCAGAAAGCGGAAGCAUCCAUUACAAUACAGAGGUCAUUUGAGGCAUUCUUUCUAAAAGCUUAUGCCUUGGCCGAUUCGAGUCUCGAUCCUUCUACCUCAGCUACAGUUGUAUCACUUCUAGAAGAUGCAUUACGGUGUCCCUCAGAUAGACUCCGGAAGGGUCAGGCUCUGAACAACCUUGGGAGUGUUUAUGUGGAUUGCGGGAAGCUAGACCUGGCAGCUGAAUGCUACAUCAAUGCCCUAAAGAUUGGCCACACUAGAGCGCAUCAAGGCCUUGCAAGGGUUCAUUUCCUCAGGAACAACAGAACUGGUGCAUAUGAUGAAAUGACCAAGCUAAUAGAGAAGGCCAGGAACAAUGCAUCAGCAUACGAGAAGAGAUCAGAAUACUGUGACCGGGAGCUAACAAAAGCGGAUUUGCAGAUGGUCACCAAACUUGAUCCUCUGCGAGUCUACCCCUACAGAUACCGUGCUGCUGUGCUGAUGGACAACCACAAGGAGAAAGAGGCCAUCACGGAGCUGACAAAGGCGAUCACCUUCAAGGCGGACCUCAACCUGCUUCACCUGCGUGCUGCCUUCCAUGAGCACAUCGGCAACAUCUCUUGCGCCCUCCGGGACUGCCGCGCAGCCCUCUCCGUGGACCCCAACCACCAGGAGAUGCUCGAGCUUCACCACCGGGUGAACAGCCAGGAACCCUGAGCCCAUGGUGUACAUACAGGAGUUCUCGUAGCCAACCAACCAUACCAGUGUAUGUUUUGUACCAUACACAGCAGAACAAUGUAAGGAUAGAGAAGCCAUUUAGGCCCCCCCUUCAAAACCAACCCCAUUUCUUGUGUUCUCAAUUAGAUAUGUUGUUCAUCAUAGUCCCCUUUUAGUAAAUUAUUGUCAAUCUGUGAUUAAGCCUCCUAAUGUACCAGCUCAUGUUCCAAAAAGUUUUGACUAUCUCAUGUGUAAAUGUAAUGGGAAAAGAAUGGAAGCUUUUGUCGGCACAAAAUUGUCAGACCUUGGCAGCUUGCUGA